AACGUCUUGCAGUAUUUCAAACGAAAUGCAUUUAUUUAAAUUUGCUAAAUCGAUUGUUUGUUUCAGAAUUUUCGCGCAAAGCUAUACAGAGGGCUAUGCGCAUUGCUGUCCCUAAUUUUGGUUUGAUAGACAAGGGAACAGGCAGCUACACAACAGCACUUAUUGCCAACUCUUGGUUUACCAAAUAAUGGGAUUUGACCGUCACUUUUUCAGCGCACCCGCGGGCCCAAAGUGUGGAGCGCGUUUUUUGACACUGGGCUGUGAUCCUUUGGAUUCACAGCCCGAGCAUACGGCUAACAACUAUUCAUACACGCUCGUAACUGAAUGGAGGUCAUGUGGUGGCUUCUUGGUUUUUCUGUGUAUGUAUCGCACGUUUACAGCAUUGGAAAAAAAGUGUGAAAUAAGUUGAUACCCUGCACUCAUUGCUGACGUACAUGUAUGAUAAGUUACUUCCUUCAUAAUUAAAUGCAUAGGAUCAUUGUACGAAAAGAGAAGUAAACGGUAGCGUUCAAUGAUGGCCUUAGCAAUAUUUUAUGUAGGUCAAGGCGUUUGACGUGACUGCCAAGAAAUUAAUAGUACAAGAACAGUAUGCGUUAAACGCAUGUUUUGGUUUCUAAAGCGUUCCAAUGAUACGAGAAGAGAUGAUUAACCUUCAAGAAGCUCUCUGGUCCUAUAAAAACUAUUUGUAGAACAAGAUACAUAAAACUUUGCUCCUGGGAAAAAAAUAAAUCUCGUGCAACAGCAGACCUAAUUCAGUAUGACGUCGCACUAUCACAUGGAUGACAGAAGUCCCCGUUCAUCUCCAUCAUACUUCCAUGGUGAACCUGAAAGUUUACCCAUGCAGUACGUGGGACAGUUUGAAGACAGAGGUUCUCAACAUUACAUAAACCCCACAGAAUUGACACAAAAUUAUCGUCCACAAGCUUUACGUAGACGCUGUUCAUCAAAUAGCGGGAGCACAAGUGGACCUGAUGAACCUCAUCUUAGGAGAAACUAUUCAAGUAAUACACUGGAAAGUAAAAGUAGUAGAAUAAAGAAAUAUUCAUCCACAACUAUGGACCUCAUUCGACAACUUCCCUCGAGGCACGAUGAUUAUGCUGACGAUAAGGAUGAUGAAGAGAUCCGGCAAAGUGAAAUAAGCAGUCAAACUUCAACUGUGAAGAGAGCAAAAGUUAAACGGCACGAGUCUCACUAUAAAACCAUCCGUUUUAGAGGAAUUCCUACUAAGUGUGAAACAGAAACUGAAAAGGACAAUCUAUUUAAGAAGCUUAAGAGUGACCAAGAUGAUGCACCCGAAGAAAUUAGAGAAAAACUUCGAGAACUUCACCAGAAUCUAACAACUAAGCGAGCUUUGAGACAACAACUGACUCGUUAUGAAGAGCAGCAAGAACAAAACAAAACUAUUUCCCUGAAGAACAGAAUGAAGUUUGCAAUUCAAAUGUGGUGCGAUCAGCUAAAAUAUAAUACAAAAGAACUGUUUUCAUCCUUUGAUUUGUGGCAUUCCCAUUUGAAGAUGAUACAAGGUCAUUUUGGGUCAAGUGUUGCAUCUUACUUUUUCCUACGCUGGCUCCUCUUCCUAAACUGUGGUCUUUUUCUUGUACUUUUGGCAUUCAUCAUUCUUCCACAGAUCAUCUGGGUCAAAUCUCAGGACAGUCAACUAGGUGUUGAACAGAGUGAAGAUGUUUUAUUUACGGGCCUGGAGCUAUUAACUGGAGCUGGCUAUUUUACCGAUUCCUAUAUGUAUUAUGGGUUCUACACCAAUGAAACUGUUGGAGGAAGGCAUGAUAAUAAUAAUCCUAUAUCUGGAAGCUACAGCAUUCCUCAGGCCUACUUACUUGUGAAUUGUGCUUAUUUUAUUAUCUGUAUAGUUGUCCUUACUUUUAGCCUGGCUAGAUCUUACAAAAAGAACUAUCUGACAGCAUCGGGAGAACUUAAAAACGUCUUCUCGACAAAAAUCUUCUCUGCGUGGGAUUAUUCGAUAGAAACUCAAAAAGCAGCCAAGUUGAAGUCUCACAGUAUUUAUAAUGAACUACAGGAACUCUUAUCAGCCCACUCGCAUGAAGAGACAACGGACACUUGUUCUACAAAACUUGUGAAACUUCUUUCCUUCUUGGGUAUUAAUAUCUUUAUCAUGGCAGUCAUUGGAGGCAUAGGCUACCUUAUAUUUUUCAUUUUGAAGAGGAGUGUCGUAGAAGAUGGUCUUGCUAAGACUUUUGUUAAACAAAUGGAACUAUCUUUCGUGGUCUCCCUUAUUAUCAACUCUAUUCCAGUCGUCUUUGUCUUUUUAUCCAAAUAUGAAAUGCUUCGAUCAAAGGAGACUCAACUCUACUUUAAUAUGAUUAAGAUUGUUUUUGUGAAAGCUGUCAUACUUGCUAUUCUGGUGUUUUUUUGGCUUUUUGCUGAUUUGGAAAUGUUGAAUUUGGAAAAUCCACUCAAUAUUACCAAGAAUGCAUCUAUAUGUUGGGAAACAGAACUUGGCCAAGAACUUUACCGACUUCAAGUGGUGGACUUAGUCUUUGUGUUAUUGAUCAGUACUUUUCUGGGCGAGUUUGUGAGAAAAAUAGUUCACAAGUUCUGCUGCUCAAGUAUCUCAAGCCCAGAGUUUAAUAUUGCCAACAAUAUAUUAGACCUGAUAUAUACACAAACACUGGCAUGGUUGGGUGCUUUUUACAGUCCUUUGUUAUCAGUUGUUGUAAUCAUAAAACUGGUCAUUAUCUUCUAUGCAAAGCGUUUUAGCGUAAUGUCUAACUGUGAGCCGUCUCUCAAGCCUUGGCGAGCUGCUCAUGGAACCACAGUUUUCCUUACAUUGAUUCUCAUUCAUUCGUUAUUGACAGUUGCAGCAUUUGGAUGUAGCAUCUUUUUAGAUAAUGUUAAUCCAUCAAAAGACUGUGGGCCUUUUCGUGGUAUCCAAGCAGUUGAUAUUCUGGUGAGAGAUCCCGAAGAACAGGGCUGGUUAUCUUUGGUUCUUCGUCUUCUAGCUUCAGCUCCAGUGAUUGCUGGAAUUUUGCUUUUUUUGUUAGUUGGUGUUUAUUACCUUCGUGCUACAGCAAAGGCCCACAAGAACAUAGUGGAUUUGUUGCGAGAACAACUUAUAUUAGAAGGAAAAGAUAGGGUGUUCCUGCUGCAAUUAUUUGAAAGUGCUUUACGAGAACGACGGGUAUCCGCAAGCACUUCCUCAUCUGAAGGAAUGAUUAAAACAGUUAUAGAUGCUCAGCAGCCAAGUCGUGACAUGAAAUCACGAGAUGAGCAUUCUUUAGAACCAGUGGAAUUGACCAAUAAGCUAUAUAGAGAUAAGUCUUUUGCUGGUACUAAGUCUACUCCUCAAGAGCAAGACACGAUACCACCCAACUUUUUAACGCCAGGAUACAUGCCUGCUGAUGUGCCAGCUAAUGAAAAAUUGCACUCUUCAGUUAGUAAAGAUGAGCCGGUGCGAGUGAAACCUGGUUGGGGAAGAGCGAGACAUAUUUCUCCAAAUGGAGCACCUUAUUCUGCUAGUCAAGAACAUAUUCCCUCUGAUCAAGAAACUUCUCCUUAUGAUAGGGGAAAUCAUAAUUCACAACAAGGUAGGGGAAACUAUCCGAUGAAUUACCCCCAGAACCGAGAGCACCACCUACCAUCUCGUGGCUUUUCAACACCACACUUACAGAAUUCUUACAUUCCCGAUUCAGUCCGUCCUGGCGGUGGUAAUUAUCCUGGUUUUUCUAAGACUGCCAUCCCAUCUCCUCCUCGCUCUUCUCAUCAACAAGGUUUUCAGUACCUUGGACGAAAUGACCAUCAGCUUAGGUCACAUCUGCCUCGUGGCCUACAUCAACAUACACCUUCUCCACAGAAUAUCAUGGACACCGACCGAGACGAAGGUAAUAACCAGUCAAAGUCACCUUAGACAAAAAUACCCAAGUCAAAAUCUUUGUGCUAUACAAACACUGGGAAGCAGAAGAUUGAAAAAGAAAUGCUAGUGUAAGUCUUCUUUUUAUCAAUUAAGAUUUUAUAGACAUAUAUAUUCAAAACCAAAAAUAAUAUUGUUAAUUGUAUACUAUUUAUAUAACAUAUUAGAUAAUAGUAUGAUAUCACAGAAAUAGUGAUAAUAGUUUUGAAUCAUUUUUUUACUGAUCCAAUAAGUAUGUAAUUACAUUUCUUCACUGAAUGCUAGAGCUUGUUGUUACAAAAUACAAAGUUCUAGUUGAGAUGUUGUCGGCCGUUUACAAAACAUCAACUCAAAUGGAAUAUAAUGCCUAGGCUAGUGAAGUAUACCUUAUAAUUUUUUGUUGUUGUUGUUACUGUAAGCAGAAUAGUUGGGUUAGCACUUGUCAUAUAGUUUUAUAUUAAUUGUAAUACAACAGAACUGGUAGUAACUGGACAAGUGUUGAAUACAAUAGUUAUAAAGCACUAAUAGAUUGACUUUAUGCACAUGUUGGUACUAGCAGUAAUGCCAAACAUUGGUUAUGAAAAAAUUCAGUUCUUUACCAUACCAAAAAAGUGAGGAUAGCCAUCUUGAUAAAACACUGAACUUACAGAUUCUUUGUUGCAAAAAAACUUCAUAAAGAUUCAAGAUGGUGCAGUUUCAUAGGGUAAAUUAUUUAUACCAUGUUGUUUAAAUUUUAAAAUAUUUUUUUAAAUCAUAGCAGUUCUUUUACUUGAUGCUAAUUCUGUCACGAUAAAGUUUUAUGUACAAAUUUCUAGUCAGAAAUCAAUACUCAGUGUAUGUACAUUUAUGUUAAAAUGUUAAUAAUGUAAUACUUAGUAACUUCUCUCGAGCCUUCAAGUCCCUGUAGUUUUCUACAUCACUAAAUCCCAAUAAAGCUUUAUUUUUGUGUGUAUGUAAUGGGGGUGAGGCUGGAGGGGAACCUACUAUUUUUAAAAUAUAUAUAUAUUACAGGAAUUUGCUGAAUUAUAAUCAAGACGACAUACCCACCUAAAUAAAGAAUAUGCUAAUUUAUCACUUCAGCAGGUUGGCCAGGUGGUUAGGGCGCUUGACUCGCAAUCUGAGGGUCGCGGGUUCGAAUUCCCGUUCCACCAAACAUGCUCGUCUUUUCAGCCAUGGGUCAUUAUAAUGUUAUGGUCAAUCCCACUAUU